AUGGAGGCCAAGUUCAACUCGCUUGCAGGAAGAUGGUACAAGAAGGCCCCCAAGCUGGUGGAGACUCCGACGACGUCGGCCAUGCUCAAAAGGAACGUCAUCGUCGCAACCGCCAAGGGUCGGUAUCGGCUUCUCUCCGUGUACGUCAAGUCGUACAACAAGUGGCGCAUCGAGACGUCGCCCAGCGCCACCAAGUCCACCAUGAUCCACGCGUGUGGGGUCGAGUGGGAUAUCUUCCAGCACGUGCUCAAGAGCAACAACGACUACGUCUCCUUCCGCAGCGACGAAGUAAAGGCCGUUUUUAAAACCGUUUGA